AUAUAUAUUUUUUUUUUAUACAAUUAAAUUAUUUGAAUUUCUUUUUAAAUAGCCGGGCUCACACUGCUGCUGAAGGUACGCACAUACAUCCAGAAACAGUCUUUAGCCUGAACCUGCAACAAUUGAUGAUAAUUAAUGACACAAACACGUUAAUUACUUAUCUAAAACUACCACUAGUAUUACUGCUGCAAAUUGGUAAUACCAAACAUACAAAAACGAUUUCAAAACACAAAUAUUUGUAUUAUUUGAAUUCCAUUGAAUCUUGAUUAAAUCAUAAACAAACACACACACUUUUCGCAGUGGGUUGUGCUGGAUCUGUGUACUUGAAUCGGAAGCCUUAACUUGAUUAUUACUCAACUUAAUAAAAUUAAUAUUAAAUCUAAGUUUUGUUGGAAGUAUGAAUUGAAUUGUUUGUGAUUAUUGAAUUGUUUACACAGAAAUUUUGUUAGUCGAUAUUGGAUUAUGGAUAAUAAAGAACAGAAAGCCUGAUGUUACUUGCUCGAGAGCUGAAUUACUAGUGAAUUACAUAUGUUUCUCACAUUGGGAGCCCAAAAAUUUGCUGUGCUUCAAGGCUGACUAGAUGGGAAUAUGUAUUUUGUUGAACUGUAAAACGCCUGCUAGAUGGGAAUAUGCACUUUGAUUAACUGUAAAACGGCUGAGCGAUAUAUUGACAGUUCACGCACAAAUGCAAUUACCUGGCGAAAUUUUCAACAAACUAAAAGAGGAAUUUUCUUUCGAGUCUAUCUUAUUGUUAAACAACGAAAUUGAGGAGUGCUGGAUGGAUCUAAGUGUCGCAUAUUCAACUCCAAUUAUCAAAUUAAAUGGAUAUCAAUUCUUUCGACUUAAGAACAACUUCAAAACUAACUUUCUAGUACUUAUUUGCCCGUACAACCCAUCAGAUCCGGUUCUAAGAGCGAUCGAUAUAAAUCUUGACGGAAUGCGAGAAAGUCCAACAUUAUUUUUGAUAAAUGAGUCUAUCGAUAUUGAUGGUUUAUUUUCGGAUUGUUAUAAUAAGGCGAUGUUGAAUGUGCUGGCAAUUGGUAAUUGGAGUCAGGAGCAUAUCUAUAGCUAUCAUGCAUUUCCGCAAUAUAAGCGAAUCGAGCGAAGGAUUGCAGAAGUGCAACGGUUUCUGGAGCCACAGCUGAAGAAUAUGGCUGGUCAUCCAUUUGUCACCUUAUCGGAUAAUAUAAUGCCCCGUAGUAUCAUCUAUAAGGAUGCGAACGGAACUCGGCAACUGGCUGGUUACUUACUUCCAUUCAUGCGAAACUUUGUGAGACGAUUAAAUGCAACUUUUACGGUUUGGUGGGAAGGAGAUUUAAAGGAUGGAGAGAUACUUAAUGGAUGGAAAAUGAAAAGAUUGAUAAAUAUGGGCAAAGUGAAUGCACCAAUGAGUAUAUCGGAGUUUCCAUCACCCACCAGCAGUUAUGUAGUGGAAAUGUCCAAGUGUCAAUUGAUGUUACCCACAGAGCCGGAAGUAAGUACCUCUCUGGUCAUGAUAGAUGCCGCAAAUCCUAUGCAUUUUAUUCUGGUCUCGAUUGCAAUGCUCCUAUUUGGUUUACUACUAUACAAUGCUCAACGUUUGGAGUUGGGAUUGAGUCCCGGCCUGAUGUGCUUGGGUAUCUGCAUCGAUUCGGUCUUGAGGGCCAUGAUCUGCCAGACAUUUGUGUUGCGUCGAACACCAAGCUUAAGGCUAAUGUGGAUAUAUUUUCUGCUCUUCAUCUGCAGCUUCUUAUCCUACAAUAUUUAUAUAGCUCAGCUGCAGAUGCUGCUGGUGCAACCUUUGAGAGAACCACUGGUACGCACCUAUGAGGAUAUGCGCCGAACUGGUUUGAAGAUUCUUUUGACUGAGAUCGAUAAAAAUGCAAUGAGUGACGCGUUUGGCAAAGAAACACUGGAAAAAAAUUGGGAUGUGCAUCGGCUGGUGGAUUCCGCCACAUAUCAAGCUUUGCGUAGUCUACCAAAUAUAUCCUAUGCAUAUCCCGUAACCCAAACCCUUUGGCCUCUAAUCAAACGUAAGUUCGCCAAGCAGUCGCGAGUAUCCUUUCGCCUGUCGCAGGAGUUUGAAUACAUUUCGCUGAUGCCCUACGCCAUUCCACUCAGCAGAAACUCCAUUUAUCGGCUGCCACUCAAUCGUUAUAUUUUGGACACCCAAUCAAGUGGACUAUAUAAGUUGUGGAGAUAUCGUGUUUUCGAUAAACUGGUUGCUAUUCGUCAAUUUACUGAACUGCCCUAUGAAGGUAGUUAUUGCAAUACCCUUUUGCAAAGCAAGUACAGCUCAUAUUAUGUUUAUGCCUAUUUUUGCGCAAUUGCAGUUUGCCUCUUGGUAUUUGUUAUCGAAAUUGUGGUUUAUGCUCUGCUAUGA